AUGGCAGCUUGGCCUCGGGACCUCUGGAACAAUUGGUCCAUCCAGAUCCUGGUGCUCCUUAGCCUCGGCCUCCAGCUCGCCCUCUUCCUCUUCGCCGGGAUCCGCAGGCGUGGAGCCCAUCGUGUGCUGCGGUUCCUGCUCUGGCUGGCGUACCAGCUGGCCGACUACACCGCGACGUACGCCCUUGGCCACCUUUCCCUCAAGGGCGCGCCACGCGAGCACCCGAUCGUCGCGUUCUGGGCGCCGUUCCUCCUGCUUCACCUCGGAGGCCCGGACAACAUCACCGCCUACUCCCUGGAGGACAGCAAGCUCUGGAAGCGCCACCUGCUACAUGCCAUGCUUCAGGUCUUGGGAGCCGUGUAUGUCCUCUAUGAGCAUAUUUCGGCAAGGGGCGCGUUGCUCCGGCUUGCCUCUAUUUUGAUGUUCGCCGUCGGUGCCGUCAAGUACGGCGAGAAGACAUGGGCGCUCAUGCGGGGCAACCUGGACAGCAUCCGGGGAUCCGUCAAGAAGCAACCACCUGCCAUGCAUAGACAUUUCCACCCCCAUGAUGAAGUGUUCAAGGAUGGAGUGUUGGACGAGGAAUCCCUUGUGCGACGAGCACACUCGCUCUUCCACAUCUGCAAGCGUGCCAUAGUUGAUUGUCCGGUCAUCGAAGAUGAUUCACACGGCCACGACACCACCAGAAUGGUGGCCCGGGUCAAGUUUUGGCGAUUGAUGGAGACCGAGCUCUCCCUUAUGUACGACAUGCUAUACACCAAGGCGCCGGUCAUCCACACCUGGUUCGGCUACACGGUACGUCUCAUCUCACCGUUCCCAUUGUCGGCUCACUGCUGCUGUUUAAGCUCAUUGGCAAGGACGCCCACCGCUUAG